CCUCCGGCGCCGGAGAGUGGGACCAAGACUGGCUUUUCUCGGACGAGGACGAAAGCUAUGCGUCCGAGGAAGAGGAGGAGGACAACGUAAGCACUAGUACAUCGUCUUCUUCGAAUUCUGAAGGCGCUGCUGCGACUGCGGCAGCAGAGAAGGCCGUUGUACUAAAACAAAGUAGAGUAGAGCAUAGUCGUGGAGGAAGGCCUGCGGCGCAGAGAGAGGGGGAAAUCGAUUCUCCGCAAAAUUCAGUGCUCUUCUAUGGCUCCGAUGGAAGUAGCAACGAAAUCCAAGAAACGGCGUCAUUUCUCGAAGGGGAAAGCAAGUCUGCCUCUGUUUCGCCAAGCGAGGAUGGAACAGCAGGGAAUUUUCCUACUUCUUCCGGGCUGAUUACUACCAGCAGUGCUGAAGAAGAACAAGAAAACUACACUGGUGGUUAUGAUGUUGAAGGAAAAGCGAUGGCGAUUCAGCAUGACCCACUUAACAGGGUAACGAAGUCGAAGACUUUCUAUCCGCGCCUUAAUAGAAAUGAGAACUACGGCAGCAUCCACGGAAAAGUAGUGCGCUUUAGCACUUUGACUCAUAAUGAUCAACAAGAUCAGCAGCUACAGCGAGAUCGAGUAGAUGGAGACGACGACUCUAUGAUGAAAUCUGAUAGCAGUAUUUCGUACUCUUUCAGUUUUGGUGGCGUGGACGAGGAGAUGGCAACACACUCGCUUGAACUAGAUCACGUCCAUGCAGCAAUUAAGGGAGAUGCAGCUGCGGAGGCUCGGAUAAAAUCCGCUACAGCUGGAAUACGACGCGGGACACGGCCCUCCCCGGCGCGGCGCUACCCUUUCGUUCAGGGGAGCACAACCAUGAUAGAGGGUCGGCACAAAAACAUGGAUCCCCGAGCCCCUGGUAAACCUUCCUCGUCAUCGUCGAGCUCGAGCAGCAAGGAACCACAAGAGGAGAUCACUGAGUCGGAGCGUGCUGAGUUCCGCGAGCAGAGACGACGGCUAUUGCAGAUGUAUAAGCAGCUGGAAAGACAGCAGCGGGCUGUUGCCGGGCACGCGCGGGAACAGCGUCUCGUGAGCGGCAUAUUAGCGCAGCCGUGGGCUGCGACGUGUGGAAUCGCGGCACACCAAAUGGCGAUGCCCAGUCGACAGCCUGACCAGACAGAAAAUGACCCUGAGGACGAAAACGGUGGUAUCAACCCAGACACGAGGGAUACAGUUUUUCAGUUGGUAGUACUGGAAGCCUGGGACUACGAAGCGGAUCUCACAGCCAGUGGCAAACUGCCGUACUCGUGCCCACGGUUUGACGGCCGGGAAAGACUCGCGACCACGGAUGUCAUCACAUCGCUCUUGCCAUUCCAAGCGGUCCCUGUGGCUAUUGUGACGUACCGCGAGCACCCUCUACGAGAGUAUUACGACGCACACCAGCAGAUGAGGUCCGUGGGUGAUCGGGGAAUCACUGGCUUGUACAAUUUUGAUACCUUUCCGCAGCCGGAAACUUCAGCGACAUCUCGAGGUAGACCCGUUCCGCUUUUGGGCGGCUUUCAUGCGCCAUCGGUUCCUACUUUGCUGCACGGACACCGCGGUGGGUUCGGCGCUACUGCUGGUCGUGGGAUGUUGUUCUAUUCAGAAAGCCAGGAUGAUGAAGCGGCUGAUGCAUUCGUCGAUCCCGAUAGUGCUGUGGCGGUCCCUAGGCGACGGGGUGGCAUCGAACCGCUUAACUUUACUCAUGUGCAACCGCAGGGGAACGCUCUUGGAGGAGCACUGCACCGAAGGGCACACCCCGUCACGGGUGCCCUGGCUGAUAAUCAAUUUCUUAGGUUGGGUAAAAUCGGUGGUCUAGUUCCUCUUUCAGUCUUCAGUUCCUCCAGCACAAGCUUUCAGACUCUUUCAACGAAGCACCAUUGUAGUGAAGUGAAGCAUCUUCGACAAAGACCGAACCAGAUGAAGGCAGCGUCGCGCUCAAGCGGUAAGUCUAGUAGGAAGCGCGCUCACUCAGCAAACCCCAACAGCAGUAAAAAAAGACGAAUAUCGCAAAUCAACCAAGCGCGCCAGCAUGGUCCGUUUCUUUUCUAUGCGAAUUCAUCGGAUUCCGCGCAACAGGCUGACUUACAAGAAGGAGCGAACGGGCGUGAAGACGUACAACCAGGAAUCAUCCGUCGGCCCUCUGCUGCUAUCGGUGACACGAAACAAACAACCACCGGUGGGCCGCUGUGCGAAAAGAGGUCGCCAAUCGACCUACUUCACGCUCCCUCGAGAUACUUUGGAGAAAAGAGCCGUGCAAUCCGCGAGGAGCUAGCCGAGACAGCACGUAAGCGGGCAGAGAGUGCGCCGCCACCUAGGGCCGACGAAGAAGAGGAAAGAUUUCCCGGGGAUCGAAAGUAUUUUGUCUAGUUCUAGCAGCUAACUCACAAAGAUUAAGAGGCUCAUUUUCAUAUUUCUUGAAUUACCUACGGCUACGUACACACACGAAGCCUUACCCUACUUUCACAACAUUUUAACUGUUCGAUGACUAGUUGUGUUGUUCCUUGUCAACGAGAUCGUGAUAUCUUUGUUGCCAUCUUCAUGAUAAUGAUUUUAUUUUUCAAUCAAUUCCAGAAAUGCAGGCAGCCUGUCACCAGAUCGUUUGAAACCAAAGACACCCGGCAUGAAAAAGCUGGAGGACGCAGCCCUUUUGCGCGGAAUCCUAGGGCCGGGCGAGCGUAGCGCAGAGAUGCUCGCAGGUAGUUCAUCUUCAUCUCAUGCUAUCAACUAGAUGUAGAUACAACGACAAGAACGACAUGUGACUAUCAACAUGCAAUUUGAAAUUAUUACAACGAAGAUGAACAUGAAGGUCAUCUUCGUCAUCCAAGCGCACUAGGGGUUCAUCUUUAUUGUCGUGGUCAUUUUUGACUGCCACACUUGGACCAUAGUGUUUGUCAGUGGCAUUGAAGGUCUUCAUCUAUCUGACAGAACUGAGGUGUAAUCAUCAAAAAGUAUGCAUUCACAUUUUUCGUGUCUAUCAGGUUCUGCGGAUCCCCAGGCAAUCGCGUCUGUUCAGAAGGUGUUAGCGGAGCUGCUGGAAGCCGACGGCGGUUCCGCGACCCUGUUUGCACUACUAUGCGACACGAACUUUGGAGAAUACAUAGGCAGUCGCAAAUGGGAGCAGCUGCGUGACACAGUGACGGACACAAUGCGAGUCCUGUUUGAAGAAAAGGGGCUUGCAGCGCUGCAGCGUUGUCUUGCGUCCGUCAUUAUCGCACGCAGCGAAGAGGAGGCGCGCGAACUGGAGAUAUUGAGUGACUCUUUUCUUGAAUAUCGAGAAAGUUUCGACGGAAGAGUCCCUCGAAGUACAACUAGAACUACUAGAAGUAUAACUAGUAGAAGUAGUGAACCGGCGAGCCGAAGUGCAUAUUUGAAAAAAAGAGCAAAAGCAAGUGACUCAGCCUUUGCAGCACGAGCUGACCAAGGACCUGCCAUAACGAAGAAAGAGGCGAUGAAGAGCAAGACAAGUCAAAAGAGCAAAAAAGCUUCGGCUCGUACAACGCCAGCACCUGCAUUGUCCACACAAAAUACAGCGGCUGGAGAUGCCAGUGGUGCUUCGAAGAAUCCUUCAAUACAGAAACCUGACGGCCUGCGCCUUGUUACUUUGAAUCCCAAGCACAAUGUUGUUGCUCAGGCAGGAGGUAUGCCGACAUCGACAAAUACAACUCCUGUCCCACCAUCACCCUCAGCAACACCGCAGAUGGAUAUAUCAGCCGAGCAGGAGUCGAAUAAUUAUGUACGAAUUUGCGCCUUGGGUCCGCUUAACGAUGAUGCACGCAAUAACGAUGGUGAGCAUCGCGAAGAGGCCAUGUCCGUUGCGUCGUUCCCGCCUUCCGUAGUGCCCUCCGCUCAAAGUCGCGAAGCAUCAGUCCCACCAAUCCCGGAGACUGAUUUUCAGGAGAAAAUAAUCUCAACAAAGAGCAGUGAAGUUUCUCGAGGAGGAGGUUAUCUUCUCGGUGAAAAAAGUCCGCCUCAGCCCAAGAGGCCUGCAGCUAACAGUAGGAGCGAUCCGACUUCGACGACUACGGGGAUGAACGUCCCACUGCCGCUCCCAUCGUCCUCAGCGCAAGGGAUGGGAAAUAAUCUGCUCAAGGACGAGGUUGUAGGUCCGCCCGAUCCCCCAGAUCCAACUACAGAUCCAGCAUACGUGGACCUGCUUGCCGAAGAGGAGCUGCAGACCAGUGGUUUGUCAGAGAGGGAGAUGCGUCUUCGCAGUCCUGACGUUGGGGACGACAAGGGCGUUGAUCCGACAAAUAUUGUGGUGAAGUUGAAGCCGAAGCCUUCACCGACGGCGCGCCCGUCCAUCGCUAACGCCUUUUUAGCAUCCCCAGAAGAGAGAGAGAACCUGGUUUACUACAGGCAUGAUAAGCUCGAUCAGCACCCACAACAACAGCAGGGUUCUUCACAGAAGAACACGAUUUUUCUUGCACCCUCAAGUUCCCCUACUUCGGGUGCCGCUGGGGACACUAACCAGUCCUCAUGGGUACGACCACCCGCUGUGGCUACGGCGAGAGUUGCUGCACUAGCAAAAAACCUAGAUCUCUCUGUGGAAGAGAGUGUGAAAAAUAGCGGUCUCCGAUCUGGUGCCUCUUCCUCGCACCCUCCUCCUUCUGGUGCAUCAGGAGGCACAACUGGUAAGCUACCUCAGGAUUUGGACGAUUCUGUCGUUUCCUCGUUACGUGGUCGAAGCCGGGAGGAGAAGUACUUGCCCCACACCUCUUCUGUAGAGCAGCAACAUCCCGCGUCGAGGGCUGGAUCUACUCGCCAUGAAUAUCCUGACUUGUCCGCCCGAGAAUACGGGAGUGGGACAUCAGCCAGGUCGUCCGGACCCGGCGCCCCGCCAUCAUCGGACUGGCAAAUCCAGAUCGGGGAAUAUUAUGUUGAUGAAGUAGCUGAACCUGAUGAAGCGGAUGAAAAAAAGGCUACCUGCUCAGCGACGAACAGCAGUAGGCAGAAUGGAGUAACUGGAGCGGACGGCCGUCUCGUAGUUGCUGGGGGAAGUAAGGAAAACUUGCAACAAAAUGCAGCUGCCGGCGGAACGAAUCUCGUGCGCCGCGGCGAAGGAAGUGUGAGUGCCGGAGCAGGAGAAAUAGCGCGUCGCUUUGGCAGCGCAACCCUGUACCUGAACACCAGCGGUGGAGACACUAUCUCAAGUGGGGACGAGGACUCGGCGUCAUUUUUAGCGAGUCCGCCACCCCAGCGUAACAUGAAGAUGAGGAGCACAUCAAGUUCCAGGAGUCACUUUCCGACGUGGCAUUCAAACGAAAUAAAGAGUCCGCGAGGAGACGCACCAGCACAAGGCAAGCUGCCGGCACCGCGAGCGGCGCGCAGUUCCCCUUUCCGCCUAGGCGACGACUCGGCAGACGAAGCACUCUCAACCUCAAUCCUGUCAAGGAACAGGAGCCGCGAUCAUCCACGUUCAGGGGAGCAAGACGACGCCGAUAUUGAACAAACUGCAUCAGUUCGUGCAGAUCAACAUGUUUUACAACUGGCAUCUUCACCAAGUAGUAAAAGUAGGACGUCAAGCAAGCUGGCCAGCAUCGACAAAAGCCGGGCAGACCAGCGUAUGCCAGGGGUGCAGGAGGGCAGAGGAACAGCUACAUCAACGUCACAUUGGAAUUACAGAAAAAAUCAGGACGAGCUUGAGCUUUUCGGAGACGAAAGCGAAUACUACAAUCUUCACCUGGCAAACUACAACGUAGUAAAAACAUCAUCUUCAGCAGAGCGAUCUUAUAGCACUAGACGAGGACCGUCGGUCCUUGUCGGUCCUGGACCGAGUACUUCGUACGCCCCUCCGUCGAGGCAAACUCAAAGUACAAGGCAAGUUGGAGAAAGCAUAUCUGCAACGAUAAAAAGUAGCGUCGAUGCCGGAGGUCGCACAGAAUCAAGGCAGGCGAUCACCGCUGCGAGAUCGUCUGCUGCAGCAAGCUCGGUGGCCUCUACUAACACGCGCGCUUUUUCGUUAUCCUCUACUUCUGGGGGUGCAAACCGUCCAUCGCUCGCGAAUCGACCCAGCACGGGUGCUGCAACCGAUGCUGCCGCUACCCAAAGUGGCGCUUCUGCGACAAGUGCAGUUGUCCCCGAGCAAAAACUCUAUACUCGCGAAGCUACGAAGACUAGUACGACUACAAGGUCCGAAUACGCUGGUCAUGGUGUUGAGAAUCAACCGCCUGUAGGUGGAAUGACUACGUCAACGAGCAGCAGGACGUCGAUAACUGUUCUCGCAACAUCAAACAUCCAGAGUAAAGCUGAUGCUCCUGGUGAUUCUGCUGGUGGAGGACAAAUGUAUUCAGAAUCGUCUCUGAAAACAGCAAGCAAAACAACUAAAAAAAGCAAGAAGAAAGGAGUAGCCCCAGAUGAAACAUAUCGAGGUAGAAACGAAGACGACGAUGCUCGGAGUCAACGACAAGCAACUACAUCAUCAAGUAGCAGACGUAAAUCGACAAUGGAGGAAAUCCCAUUUCUCGUUGACCACCGUGACGAUCUCCAGUCCUCUUCGCUCAGCGGGUCUUCAAGCAAGACAUCGACAAUUUCGACUGAUGUCGUUCGCAAUCGACACUUCGAUGCACUGCAAAGGCACAUGCUUAAUGGCAGCGGCUCUUCGGUAGCACUUCAAACUUCCACUGCAGGUAGCAUUAGCAAGGAUAGCCAUUUGAAUUUGAUGUCGACGUCAUCAAAAGCUUCUAGUGGAGAUGUUUGCCUGGUGCCGUCCUUUUCAUCUGCUUCUAGCACAGUUCCUGAGACAACGACGAGCAAGACCAAGAAGAAACGUGUCGGUGCCGGUCGUGCAUCGAAGAAGAAGCCGGGUCCUGCGGCAAAGCAGGCGAAGAUAGAAAACAAGGUCACGGCAGAUGGGCAACAUCGCCAUUCUGAGCCGUCGUCAUCGAAGGAGAUAAUGACCUCGGCUAGGAAGACUGACAUGAUACAACCUGCUCCUGGAACGAAAACGGAAGAAGACAAGCGGCGUGCAUCUUUUGCAAUGGCAUUACUGUCAGACGUGAAGAAAACUGGCAAAGGAGCUUCUGCUACAACGCUCUAGGCUGUGGUCACACUCGUCUUGUCUAUAUUCCUCUUCUGGCGUAGGAGAAAACGGAAGUCCUUCAAUCAACACUGCAGUAUCGAACGAAGCGCUUCGAGGCACCGUUUUGUUCGAUGAUUAGGACUUGUUGUACUCAGCUAACGACUGGUGCGUGCCUAUCAAUUUAUCAUUCAUCUUGAUAAAACGCUAGAUGAAGUAGAUGAAGCAAAAAUAGAAAUUCAGAGUGUACAAAAUCCAGCAUGCAAGAACUCAUUCAAUAUCCUUCAUAUUAACCUGCAUCUUUAAUUACCAUCAGCAAACGAUUAUUGAGUUCAUCAACUUUCCAAGCAUUUGACGAUUAUAGCAAGACAAGAAUUUUGCGAGUGAUUGUGUUGUGUUGUGUUUCUUGACAGAGAUCAUAUUGUGCGAAUGGAGCCGUAAUCGUGGAGUCAAUGAGCUAAUUUUUUGGUGUCUCUCCGAUGCUCGUGUGGGUCUAUUUCAUAAUAAAUAUAGAUACUUUUGCAAAUGCAACACUGACCUAUUAUUCCUCUUCCUGUAUAAUCAGUAUCUUCUUGCAAGUUGUAAGAAGUAUAAAUAUGAAGAUGAAAGUGGAAUAGUGCAGCUAGUACUUGAGAUAAUUCAUUAACAUUACCCGUACAAAAAUUUGGUAGCAGCUGGAUUUCCUCCGGCCGAGCCGCUUGCUUAUUCUUAUCGAAGCUUCAUAUUAGUACAAUCACAUUUGCUACAUGAAGAGACGAUGAUAAUCACGAGCCCGAAUGAGCCUGAGUAGUACUCUUAGUGCAGUACUACAAGGUUACCUUCUUAUUCAAGAACUUACGAGAAGCAUUUAAGCUUCUUUGCAUUUGCGAUUAGUUGUAUUCGUUCCCGUAUUCCCAACCUAAAGUUAAGAGUUCGUGCGUUUCGACAAACAGAAACAUUAUACCCUAACCUUAGUACUACUUCUAUACAAAUUCUUUCACACCCUGCAUUCAUCGUUUAGCCCUGGUCUUGAUGUUGUCAGGUUUUCCAAGAAAUUUCAGUUACAAAUACAAAACGGCGUUGCCUACGUCUGUUGUACAUCUCUAUCUAUCGAAAGCCAACUGGCAUUGAGAGGACCUCACCUAUUUAUGCUGCAAAAAAAUUGAACUAAGAUCAAACAUCGACCUUCUGCAUUUGCAAUUUGUAGUACGAUAAAGUUGUAGUAGUUGAAUCAU